AUGCCAGAUUUUGCAGAGUAUGGUCUGGGAAGGUUUAUGCAUGGCAGACAAGAAACAGAGAACCAGGACAGGUGUGGACCCAUUGGAUUGUGUACAAAUACAGAUCAAAACCCAAAGCUCAAGAUGACAAAGGAACGAAUGCCUCCAAGGAAAACCCCCAUGUACUUCUUCCUGGCCAACCUGUCCUUUGUAGACAUCUGUUUCACCUCCACCACCAUCCCAAAGAUGUUGGUAAAUAUACAGACACAUAGCAAAGUUAUAACCUAUACAGGAUGCAUCAGCCAGAUCUGCUUUUCCUUACUCUUUGCAGGCUGGGACGACAUACUCCUGACUGUGAUGGCCUAUGACCGCUUCGUGGCCAUCUGCCACCCCCUGCACUACACGGUCAUCAUGAACCCCCGGCUCUGUGGGCUCCUGGCUCUGCUGUCCUGCAUCAUUAGUGUGCUGAAUUCCUUAUUACAGAGCUUAAUGUUGUUACAGCUUUCCUUCUGUUCAGAGGUGGAAAUCCCCCACUUUUUCUGUGAACUCAAUCAAAUGAUCCAACUUGCCUGUUCUGACACCUUUCUUAAUGACACAGUGAUAUAUGUUUCAGCUGUGCUGCUCGCUGGUGCUCCCCUUGCUGGGAUCCUUUGUUCAUACUCUAAGAUUAUAUCCUCCAUAUGUGGGAUCUCAUCAGCUCAGGGCAAUAUAAAAGCAUUUUCCACCUGUGCAUCUCACCUCUCAGUUGUCUCCUUAUUUUAUUGCACAGUCCUGGGAGUGUACCUUAGCUCCGCUGUUACCCAGAGCUCCCACGCAAGUGCAGUGGCCUCGGUGAUGUACAUGGUGGUCUCACCCAUGCUGAACCCCUUCAUCUACACCCUGAGGAACAGAGACAUAAAAGAGGCUCUGAUAAGAUUCUUCAGGAGGGCAACUAUAAAAGGGACAAUUGUCCUGGUGAGGAAAAUACAAAAUCACAGUUUUCACAUUGGGUCUGUUGUCAUUCCUUUUUACUCCUUAAUUGCUCUUCUCGAUGACACAGACUUUAUCAUCGUCUUCUUUAAGUCUCAGCCUAUGGAUAGUGAUGUGUCCUGCAGGGAAAUUGUGUGCCUACAGGUGGGAGGAGCAGAGGGAAAUGAUCCUAAUGAGCAGACCGAACCAGCUGUAAAUACUCCUCUGUUGCAGUCCCGCAGCACAGGCAACCUCCGGCUGGACAAGACUUGGUCAUCUCUUGUGCUGUCCUAA